AUGGCCGCUCCAGACACCUCCAACCCCAACAUUCUCCGCGACACGUUUGCCAUUGCCGGCCACGCUUCCGAAGACCAGAAAACCGCCUGGGACAACCUCUACAAACACGACUUCCAUCCCUGGGACCGCGGCGGUCCGUCCCUCGCCCUCGCCGACCUACUUUCCCUGCGCCCCGACUUGGUGGUCCCCGCCCAAGACGUGGACCGCCGUGGCAAACCCCUCCGCGACGAAACCGGCGCUGUUGUUCGUCGUACAGCGCUCGUGCCCGGCUGCGGCCGCGGCCACGACGUGCUCCUGCUCAAGACCUUUGGGUACAAUGUUGUCGGCUUGGACUGUAGCGCCGAUGGCAUUCGUCGCGCAAAGGAGAACAUCGCGGCGCUCGAGGCCACGCCUGGCGGCAUCAAGCCGCAGGGCGAUAUGCAGAUUGGACAAGAAUCGUGGGCCGUCGCCGACUUCUUUGCGCAGGAUUGGGCCAAGGGUUUGGGUACUGAUGGCACCGGCAAGUUUGAUCUGAUCUACGACUAUACGUUUCUUUGCGCCUUGCCCCCAAAGCUCCGUCCGCAAUGGUCCAAGCGCAUGUCUGAACUUCUUUCUCAUGAUGGCCGACUCGUGUGUUUGGAAUUUCCCUCGGGGAAGCCUCUCUCUGACCAAGGGCCGCCCUGGGGCCUCAACCCGGAGGUCUAUGAAGAGCUACUGUCGCACCCCGGACACGAGCUGAGCUACAACGACGAUGGUACUGUCAUUGAGACGCACGAUUUGAAGCCUACUGAUGGUGCGCUACAUCGAAUAAGCCUCAUCAAGCCAGAGCGCACCCAUAAAGCCGGCAUGAACGAGGACGGCUCGGUGCGCGAUUUCAUUUCGGUUUGGAGUCUGUAG